AACUCAAGUGACUCCGAAUAAUAAUAAUAAGGCUGCCUUGUUUAUCCAACGAAGGGGGGUUGGGCAUAGGCUGAAUUCUGCCAAAACUUUUCUAAAUUUCCCUUUUCUCCCCCCUCACUAAACUUUGUAUCCACACUACUGCCUCAAUCUCACCGACCCAAGGUCAGCGUCAGUGACCGCCCACGGGAACUGGCAACGCGGCAACAAACCUCCGUGGACCCCGGCUGGAUUUUUUUUUUUUUAACAUGGGAGUUUGAGUCACUGGCUGAAUACACGACGGACCACCACAGACUGUAACAGUACGGAUGGAGGAAGCCUCAUAAACAAAGGAGUGAAAUAGCCAGAAAAAGUCAACUCAAUGAGCGAUAAACGCAGUGAAACCAUGUUGGGAAACCCAGGGUCUUAUGCGAACAAGAAGAGGAAGAAGCCCGUUCUCAAACAAAAGAAGCAGCCUGAAAGAAAUGAAGUUGUUAAAUCAAACCCUUCGAAGCGCCACCGGGAUCGGCUGAAUGGGGAGCUGGACCGGCUGACGGAGCUCCUGCCGUUCAACGGGGACAUCCGCUCUCGUCUGGACAAACUGUCGGUGCUUCGCCUCAGCGUGGGUUACCUGAGGGCCAAGAGCUACUUCAAAGUUACUCAUCUGAUUUUCUUUCACCCAUACCAGGCUCUAAAGUUCCAGGGGCGACUGAAGUACCUCCACGGCCAGAGGCAGCUGAGGGACAAUGGGAACGGUAGCAAACCUCAGCUGGCUCUCUUCUCCAUCGCCAUGCCCGUCCAGCCUCCAACCAUCGUGGAGAUCAGGUCUAAAAUGCUCCUCUUUCAAACCAAACACAAGCUGGACUUCACACCUUUGGGCGCUGAUAGCAGGGGGAAGAUUAUUCUGGGUUAUACAGACAUUGAACUGUGUACGAAAGGCUCCGGCUACCAAUUCAUCCACGCUGCUGACAUGAUGUACUGCGCCGACAACCACAUCCGCAUGAUUAAAACGGGGGAGACCGGUCUGACUGUCUUCAGGCUCCUCAGUAAGUGCAGUGGCUGGGUGUGGGUGAAAUCCAACGCCAAGCUGAUCUUCAAAAAUGGAAGACCGGAUUUCAUCAUCGCAGACCAGAGAGCUUUAGUCAACGCCGAGGGGGAGGAGUAUCUGCGUCAGAGGAGCCUGCAGCUUCCCUUCAGCUGCACCACAGGAGAGGGCGUCCUCUACAACGCCGGCCCAACGGUGGACAUCACACAGUAUCAGUUCGACAAAAAGUUCAGCAGCACCAACGACAUGAGCCAGCAUGUAAUCCCCGGGUCGCUGGUGGACUGCUUCAUGAAGCAGGAUGAGUCGGCCUACAUGCCAGCAUUGGAAAGCCAGUUUUCUGUGGAUCAGGUGUUCAUGGACAGCGAGGCCCUGAUCAGCGUGGGUAAGGCGUGGCAGGAGAGUGGAGCUACAGGCACAACGGAGCCUGUGGUAGUGAAAGAGGAAGCCAAGCGGUCGGUGAUGGCCGUCAUUGGCAACCUGGAGAAGUUGAGUCACGACGGGGACUUCUGUGCAGCGCUGCAGGACCUGGAGGUGGGUGAUUCAGAGCUGAUGGACUGGGAAAAUGCCCUCAAGAGAUUAGGUCAGGACGAUGAUCAGCGAAACAACGUCAAAUCCGAGCUGGACAGCAUCCUCACUGAUGACAUCUUUGACUACAUUGAUAAUGUUUUGUUCAAAGAGAAGGAGAAAGAUCUGAGCACCAGCCCGCCCAGCUGCCUGACAGCGGCCAACAACAACCAGCAGGACCGCUUCACUGCCCAGCUGUCAGCCGCUGCCCUCGGAGAGCAGCAGUUGUUUCAGACCAUGAGCCCCGAACUGAAUUACUCUCCGAUGAAUGGACUCUACGCUCACCAGCAGGAAUCAAUGAAUGGCCCAGCGAUAGCAGAGUCUGCUCAGAUAUUCAGCAGCACCCAGAAACUCUCUCACAACGGUCCCCUGAUCUCUCAGGCCGACACCAACCUGCUCCCUCUUCAGCAGCUGCAGCUCCAUGACAUUUUCAGCCCGUCUAUAGAGCUCCCGGAGCUCACUGUCCCCAACCACAUCGCUGGUGUAGCCUCAGCCCCGUUUCAAUCCUGCGGGCAGGUAUCUAACAACCACAUGGGCGGCACUCGUGGGAUUUCUGCACAGACGCAGUCCAGCCAGUUCCUGCUGCGUCCUCAAAACAAUGUGCAAGCUCCUGCAAUGGCAGCGAACGGACAGUUACUGCAGAGCUUUGUUCAACAACCAAACCACGUGGCCGCAGGUGUAAUAGACAUUUUGCCACCCCUGAUUCCUUGCAUUAACUUUAUUUCGGGUAGCACGCCUAAUAUACCUGUUCCCUUUGCCACAAAUCCCCUGCAAGGAAGGGGCCCUUUUGAGGCGCACAGCCCCCAGGUGCAUCCGUGGCCUCAGAGCCAGCAGCAGCUUCCUGACUCUGGCAUCAUGCAGAACGGACACAAACUGAUGCCAGUGUGCAACAGCCAACUUAAGGAAAGCCAAACAUUCUCGCGUGCCGGCCUCUGGCCACGGAGCGUCCCCGGACUGAACCACGCUCAGCAGAACGGGCUGACGUGCGGUCAGGCAGCCACUCACAUUAGCUGCAUGUUCGAACAGCACUUUUCUUCCGGGCCAGCAGGUGUCAACGUCCGGGAUUUCUCUGGCACUUCAGGCCUGAGGGGGGCCGACCCGUCCCUGGAUCAGAGUCCUCCUCAAGGGUCCUGCUACUUCCAGUGGAGCCACAGCGAGCCGGUGGUGGGAUCGUCCGCCAUCAACCAGGAGAACGCUGACAUCAGUCCUCUGACGGCCCCCCCCAUCAUGCCCUCCUCAGACCACACACUCAACAUUCCUCACUACCUGGAAUGCCACAGACACACACAGGAUGAGAGAGUCUCCGCUGAACUCAAUGGGAUGUUUUCCACUCCUUCCCGUGACGUAUCCAUGUUCCUGACAGAGUGAAGUCAGCCAUCGUGUUACUUCUGUAGCGAAAGAAAACCCCGGAGAAGGACAGAUCUCAGUAUAAAGUUCGCCUGUAUCAGUGCUUAUUCACAGACUCUCAUGCUUACCAAUAUUGCCAUAUGUUUUAUAUAACUCUGUAUCAUUUAUAUGUCGUCCAGUCUGUGAUGUUUAAAUGUUUGGCUUUCAGUUUUUAGUGAAGAUACACUAUAGUAAUAAUGAAGUAUAAAGCCGAUGUGCGUUUACCGGGAUGGAGCUUGAGCCAGCUGGGAGGAUUGGUCAAGAAAAUCCAAAGAGCCAAAGAAAUAGGUUUUUAUAAGGGAAGCCAGGCCAGGGACACCCAUUAUCUCCCAACGUAUAAAUACCUAAAAAACACAAAAAAACUCAACAUACUGUUUUGUUUUUGAUUAAAUAUAAUCAUUCUACACUUUAAUGCUGAUAAAGUUGAGACUUUUUCUAAAAGACAUCGUGAAAAUCUUCGUAGUAAUCAGUGUACAGAAUCGCUGAAGGUGACCUACCUGAAAGCACAGCUGUACCUUCAAAUUAAUAUUAUUACAGAUGAAAUAAUCUGUGUAUUUUAAAUGAAACCCUUAAAUGUGGUUAUUGUAAAUGUAUAAUACAAUCUGUAACUAUAUUAGUAGUAUUUGUUUCACCAAGAGAUCCGCUUUGGCUCACAACAAUCUCUCAUAUACAUACUCGGCAUGUGAUAUCUGUGAUAAUCUGUGCAGUAUAAAUGUGCUUUUCUGGAUAACGCCUGUCAGUUAGGCAUGCAUACAUAUCUCAAAUCCCAAAGUGUAAGAGCAACAGUACACACAGCAGAAAAAAGCAGAGAAAUCAAUUGCUAACUACUGUGAGCAAUGCAAAUGUCGUUUUAUUUCCAUUUCAGUGACAUAUUUUAAUAAGCAUAGCUGCAGUUGAGUUGAUUUGAAUGCACUGCUGCUAACUAAACCUAUACUUGUGGGUUAUUUUAAGAAGCAUCUUACUCACAGCAAUUGAACUAAAAGUAAACUGCAAGUCCUGAGCUUCAGUAAAUCAGUCCAUCAAAAAUCACUUAACACCACAUUCCCCUUAACUUGUAUGCACUGAUCUCAACAAAAUGCUCAGUGAUUGCAAGAAAGACAUAUUGUAGUUUCAGGUAAUAUUGGAGACUCAGCCUGAGUUAUUCAUUUACAUCCCUCAGAGGUGUGCACUUUAUUUCAUGUAUUUUCUAAACUUCUACAAGUGCAAACGGCUGAUAAACACAAUGCAAUCAACUGACUUGAUGCAGUAUUGAGGAUCGCCUGAAUUAAACAAGUCAUUAAUCAGCCCGUUCCACCUGCAUCCCUCACACAGAAAUACUCUUUUCCAUUCUCCAAUAUUCCGUGGUCCUACAUGGGAACACCCUAAAAUAUAUCUUGCUUCAACCCAAACAUUAAUUUAUAUAGCAAUCAGCAUGACCAUAUACACUUUAUUGUGCCUUGAUGCCGGAUCGGCAGCUUAACAUAUCUUCAUAUACAUGAAAUAUAUCUGUGCCUUGUUGUAUAACGCAUCUUAAAUAAUAUGUUCCUUUUUGUUUUCCUAAGGCGACCCUGUAGAGCUGCACUAAUUUAAGGGAAGCCAUGUCCAUAUAGGAGAUACAGUAUCCUUACUGUAAAUGAAAUGAUUGAUCCUGCAUUGUGCAUUUCAAGGCUCUGAGGAAUUUGUUGGUCCAUUUUCCAUUAAACAAAAACGUCCUAUACAAUGGAAACAAGGGAACAUGUUUAGCUUGACCUAUCUCUAUAGAGAUGGUAAGAUUUCUUUCAUUGAUGAGCGGAGGAUUUAGUGUUGAGACUUUGAGAUUCAAACUGGUCCAACAAUGCGUUCAGAUCAUAUACACUUUGUUUUGUGUGUUUCCUGUUUGGCCUUUUCGUGUUGGUUCCUUUUGUAUCUGCUUCUCAACAGGUCUUUGUAAUAUCCACACUACAAUAAACGGCAUGAAUGGUUUGGAUUAACCUGAGCGCAAACAGCAUUAACAUGGCAGCUUUACCGUAUUCCUGCUGCACCGUGGGAACUCACUCAGUAUUUUACCUUUCCUUAAGAAACAAUUGUGUAUGUUCUUUUGGAAACCUUUCAGUACAGUGCUUAAAACUGAUUGGACACAUUAUAAUAUGGCCUUCUCGCCGGUGUCCCUUUUUGCUUCUUAUUUUGUACGUGUUGAAAAAGUAUAGGAUCUCAGUGUGAAGCAGACUGGAGGCGAUGAGGACAGCCUAUAAACAGCCUUGGAUAUUGGACUUUGAUACAGACAUGUCAUGACUGUAGCCACUAUGAAAAACCUGGAGCCAAAUGUUUUCUUCACAGCGGUGUUGAUGUUUCUAUGCUAACAUGUGCCUUGCCAUAUUUCUGUUAUUCGUAAAAAAAAAAGUAAAGAAAAAAAAUUCACAACUAUUCAGUUCAUGUAAUCCACUUAAGCCUAGUAGUUAUAGUAUCUAUAUAUCAUAAUAUAUGUUGUAAAAAAACAGCCUUUGUCUACUGUUAAAUGCUUUUUCAUAAAUAUAUGUGUGCAAUGAU